GAAAUUAAAUUUUCGAUUCUUUCUAAAAUGUAUUGGCAUGGUCGUCACUGGCCUGAAUGAUUGUCGCUGUUCUAUCAGCUUGUCGGAAUGCAUGUUUACACGUGUUCCUGUCUCGAGCGGCGUUGCCAAGCAGGUCUUGAGUGAGCGCAGGGCUUGUGUAUGGGGGAGCGGGGAGAGUGGUAAGCUGCGCUCGGUACAACGGCUCUCCUUUGUGCCGUUUAUGAAUGAGAUGACCGCGCGGGUGGGGAGAACAAGGACAUCUUGGCAGUUAAGACGCUGCGUCUUUGAUUGCGCGCAUAAUUCUCUUGACCCUUGAAACGUGCAGUAGUGUUCCCAGAUUUUAACCAUGUGCUCCGUGCCGACUCCAAUAACUGCGCGAUGUCGUUGGCAAAGUGGGCGACGGCUUCUUUGACAGGCUAUGAAGUCUACGCAAGGGAGAUGUUGUUUAUGAGCCUGGUUCGUACGUGUUUUGGGGUGAUAGUCCACGAGCGUCUGAUAGAUUGGCUGCAAUGCCGAUUCUGUGAUGCGGACCUUGUGUUUCACGUGGGGACGAAGGUGCAGAAUUACGCUGAUUUUGGGAAUUGGAAGGCGGACGGUGGCCGUUACCUUUUGGGGGAGCGCGGUGAGACUCGCUUUCCUGUUAUAUGCCCGAAUGAUGGAUAUCUCGGGACACGCGUAGUGAUGUAGCCCGCAAUAGAGAGGGCAGAUUAUGAGGAAUUUGAUCCGGAGUUUUUCGGUGAUGUGCUUACCACUGGACGCGAAAUCGUGGAAUACAAAGGGAAGCGCGUCAAGAUAUUGAAAUAUAGGUGUCCAUGGAGAAAGCCAUAUUCAGUGAUUGUUUAUACUGGGUCACGACGUCCAACCUAUCUGCCCUCCAGCGUGAAGCACCUAGGUACGGAGGAGAGGCCCAGCAUAAUAUCCCUGCGGUGCGACGUGCAUGAAGGGAGCACGUCGUACCAGAGGAUGCUAUAAUGCCGGUAUCAUGGCAACUUCAUGCUAUUUGAAGUUGUAACAAGCGCUACAGAUUGAAUUAAAUUCUGUAAAAAUUUUUUUUAUUUUUAUUAAUAAUAUAAUAUA